AUCGACGGCAGCACGCAGCACCGUCGCAGAGACAGGCAGGCGGCAGCAGCACCUCGGCAGCGAGCUCUCGACGACGGUUGCUCCUGUGAAAUGCAUUGGAGAUAGUGGAUCAUCAUUAUGAGAAUACUCCUAUCUGAGGAUAUAUGUUUCCAUAUAGCUGCAAACUGUGUUUAAAGAUAAAGAUACACUGUGUUAAUCAGAGGAUGUUUUGUACUUCAAGCCUUCUUUCACCCUUACAACUUCCAUCUCAAAUGGAAACCCAUCUAUGGUAUAUAUUACCCAAUGAAGUGAAGAGUGAAUCUCUAAUGAAGAAAUAUGUCGACCUUCUAUCACCAAUUGAGAAAGAACAUGUUUGCAGUAUGCGUAGAGAUGAAUUGCAAAAAAAUGCUCUGCUAGCCCGUGCACUCGUUCGAACUACUAUAACUAGAUAUCAGAUAUGUUCUCAAGUUAGCCCAAGGUCUAUUGAGUUCAAAAAGAACGCCCAUGGGAAACCUGAGGUGUGUUGGCAACACAGCGAUGAUUGGCAUCCACCACCGCUACAUUUUAAUCUCUCCCAUACCUCGUCUUUGAUAGCUUGUGGAAUAACCGUUGGCUCUCCGAUUGGUAUUGAUGUAGAAGAAAAACAAAGGACGAUGAAGAACAAUAUUUUAUCAUUUGCCAGACGGUACUUCUCUCGUGAAGAAGUAGAACGAUUAAGUGCGAUCUCAGACCCUGAAGUUCAGCGCCAGGAGGUCAUUAAACUAUGGACACUAAAGGAAGCAUACGUUAAAGCAUUGGGAACAGGCUUCGCAGGUGCUCCUUUCAAUACUUUUACUAUUAGGUUCGGGUCUGCAAAUCCAAAUCCAAACGCUAAGGAUUCUGCGAUGGUCAUCGUGCCUCUAGAGAACCCAUCUCUCCUCUCAACCAAUUGGCGAUUUGCACAGGUGGAACUGGCCGGUUCGCACUAUGCAGCCAUUUGCAGAGAGAACGGUGGGAUCUCCGAAGGGGCUCCAAUGAAACUGAUUGUGCGAAAGACGGUUCCUCUUGUUGAAGAACACUGCGUUUCUGAGAUCGAUACGGUUGUGUAGGUUUCCGGUUUUGCAAAUUUGUCCCAAAAAAACAAGAAUUUUGUUAUGGAGAUGAUUUGUGUUUCGAACUGAGGUUGAGGUUGGUGUAUAGACACAG